CGCAGAGCCCAGUCAGCGAGUCCUGCAUGGCUAAACUGACUCGGAUCCCUCGGUGAUGAUUCUAGUCCCGGCCAGCCCCGGCUCACGGACUGCUUCAAGGCAUCUGUCUGCCCGUAAACAAGCCUCACAAUAUGUUUUUAAUUCAGAGGUGUCUCUGGUCACUCAGCAAUAAAGCAAGACUAUUGAAGAUAACUUGUGCCUCAGGAUGCCACCCUUUUUCUACUUCUUCUAAAAUGUGCAAGAAAUUCAAAAUUGCAAGACGAAUUGAAGGACUUGAUAGGAAUGUGUGGGUUGAAUUUUUUAAGCUAUCUUCUGCAGACCCUGCUAUUGUGAAUCUUGGCCAAGGCCAACCAGAUAUAUCCCCUCCUGAACAUAUUAAAGAACAGUUAGCAGAGGUAGCAGCAAUUGAUUCAAUGAAUCAGUAUACACGGGGCUUUGGUCAUCCAUCACUGGUGGAAGCUUUAUCUUCUCUAUACGGAAAGCUUUAUGACAGACGAAUUGACCCAAAUCAUGAAACAAUAGUGACAGUGGGAGCAUAUGGAUCUCUUUUUAAUGCCAUACAAGGAUUAGUUAAUGAAGAAGAAGAAGUGAUCAUCGUGGAACCGUUCUUUGACUGCUAUGAUCCCAUGAUCAAGAUGGCAGGAGCAAUUCCUGUCUAUAUCCCCUUACGUUUUCAACCUACCGAGGGAAAUGAAUGGUCCAGUGCCUCAUGGAUAUUAGAUCUUGAAGAACUGGAAAGUAAAUUUAGUUCAAAAACCAAACUUCUUAUAAUAAAUACUCCACACAAUCCCACUGGCAAGAUAUUUUCCAAAAAAGAGCUUCAAGGAAUUGCUGAUCUUUGUAUUAAACAUGAUAUCAUUUGCAUCAGUGAUGAGGUUUAUGAAUGGCUGGUGUAUACUGGACACAAACAUAUUAAAAUAGCUACUUUGCCAGGUAUGUGGGAAAGGACAAUAACAGUAGGAAGUGCUGGAAAGACAUUCAGUGUGACUGGCUGGAAGCUUGGUUGGUCUAUUGGUCCUGAGACUCUCAUAAGAAAAAUGCAGACUGUACAACAACAUGUCAUUUAUACUUGUGCCACUCCUUUACAGGAGGCUUUGGCUCGAGCUUUUUGGUUUGAAAUCAAACGAAUGGAUGAUCCAGAAUGCUACUUUUAUUCUCUGCCCCGGGAACUGGAAGCGAAACGGGAUCGGAUGAUCUGGUUACUCCAAAUCAUUGGACUGAAACCCAUAGUUCCUGAAGGGGGAUAUUUCAUCAUUGCUGAUGCUUCAGGGCUAAAUGUAGACCUCUCUGAAAUGACAGAUGACUGUUAUGACUAUAAAUUUGUGAAGUGGAUGAUUAAAAAUAAGAAACUGACAGCCAUUCCUGUUACAGCUUUCUGUAGCGCCAACAAAAAAUAUUUUGAAAAAUACAUACGGUUUUGCUUCAUUAAAAAAGACAGUACCCUGGAUGCUUUUGAGAAGAUCAUCAAGAACUGGGCAAAGGAAUCCUAA